CAAUGUUUUGUUCCACUUCUCACUUCAGUGUAUCAUCGUGCGGAGGCUUGAAGACACGUCAAGCAGUCCGUUCAGAAAUAACAGGAAAAAGUUUUAAACUUAAUUUACUUUAUUAAAAAUGCAAAUCGCAUAGCGCUGUUUUUUAAAUCUUUAUUUUAUAUUAAAAGUAAAAUGAAUUGUGUAUCAAUCAAUGUUUUCGUGACUGUAGGAAUAUCUUUGCUUGUUUUUGCAAACGCUCAAUCCCCUUGUCCUGAUAUUUUUGAGUACAAAAAUGAUGAUAAUGGUGUUUACGGACUAAUAACAUUGAGACCUGAUGGCAGAAAAUCAACAAUAACAGUCAGGACCAAUUUCACGAUCACAGCGAAAUUAUCUUCUGAGUACGUUGGCAACAUCCGACCUUAUGGAGGUGCCAAUGCAAUCACGGAGUACAACAAAGGCAAUACAAUACAAUACAGAGUGAACCUGCCAGUGAGUUCUCCACUUCCAAAGAUUACAGCUCUAUACGUAAAUGAUGACCUCGUGUGUUCGGAUAACCCAGAUACCUUGGAAACGAGUAAUUACGUGACAACAAUAACACUGCAGCACACACUGUACUCGGGAACCAACGUUAUUGUUGGCAAUAAUCGACCAGUGACCUACACGCCUAUCAAAUACAACAUACAAAAUGAUCGAGUGGUAUAUAAUAUACCAUCGAUAAAUAACGACAGGACAACCACCGGAACAAUAUAUACGUUUUACGGAGGAACAAAUAGAAAUUCAAUUAAUUUCCCAUCGAGCUUAUUUGGUAAUACUGGCUUAUUUAGUACCGGUCCUUCAACAGCCGUGCAGCCGGUAAGAGAACCUCCACGGACAACUAUACGACAACCAGCGCCGACGCUGACACCAGCACCAGUACGAAAUCCUGAUCGCGAUUCCGGUACAUCGUCUCGUGUUUCUGACAAAGACUCUGGUGUAGAGGACUCUUCUAAUAUACAAUGCGGGCAAGGAAAGAUAGGUGUGCCGCUAAUCUGGCACGGGCAGACAUACCCGCGCGGCGAGUGGCCCUGGCUCGUCGCCAUCUACCAGACCGUCGCACGGACUCUCACCUUUGUGUGCUCCGGCACUCUGAUAUCUGACCGACAUGUCCUCACAGCUGCUCAUUGCAUGACUAACAAGCAAGCAUCAGACAUGAUUGUGAAGAUAGGCGUUUACAAUUUGGACGAAUGGGGCGGCGACGUUGAGAUGAGAAAGCUCUCAGCGGCGGAUGUGCAUGAACAUUACAGCAAAACUAACUUUUCAAAUGACAUUUCACUAUUCACGCUGGAGAAGUCUGUUGAGUUCAACAGUAACAUAAAACCGGCGUGCUUGUGGGGAUCAGAUGUUAAUCUAGACCGUAUCGCCGGACACACUGGAGUGGUUACCGGUUGGGGAGACAACGAGUCGGGCAAAGGCGGGCACGGCGAUCCCAGAAUGAUCCGCUUGCCUAUCGUCACCAACAGGGAGUGUCGAGCGACUAGAUCUGAAUUCCACAAGCUCACAUCUGACACCACUUUAUGUGCUGGUAAUCGCGACGGUUCGGGCCCAUGUGCGGGUGACUCUGGAGGCGGUCUGUUCGUCUUGGAUGACGGCCGAUGGAGAGUCCGCGGCAUAGUCUCACUUGCACUGUCGGCUAAAUCUGCCGAAAAGCCAUGCAAUCUCGACGAGUAUGUCAUCUUCACGGACGUUGCCAAAUACAGAUCGUGGAUAAAAAGACACAUGGCAUUUUCGUAAUUAAACUAGCUCAUACAAUAUAA